AAAAAAAUGUCUUGGAAGGUUCGCAUCUUCUCCCAGAAAAUUCUAUUUGGUAGACAGUCCUUAACGGUCUAUGAAAAUUCUUACCUCCCGUACAAAUCGCGAAAUUUCCUCCCGCCAUAGUCUCCUUGCAAUCUUUUACUUGAACCCAACACGAAACCAAAAUAUCAAACACCCUCGUUUCAUCAAUUUCUACCGACAUAAAGAAUGCUCCGUCUCUGUAUGAUACACCGCCGUUACUAUCGGUUACCUCUCCGUCGCCACAUCUCUUCUUCCUCUAAUAACAACAUCGAACCUGCAAAUAAUCUAAAAAAUCCCCAACAUACCCCUCAACUACACCCACCACCACCACGCUCACCACAAAUUAUUCAGAAUUAUCUUUCUCCUCUCUCCAACGCUAAUGCUUCCUCACUCUCUCGAACUUCUAUUUUUGCCCUCUCCGCUACCGUCCUCUCCGCGCUGAUUGCCUCCGUCGCUCUUUUCCCCAACGACAACCCUAAUGAUAACAGUAAGAGAAAUACUAAUCCAAUUUACGAAGCAAUUGAAAGUACAUUUCAUAAGUCAAACGAAUCAUUUAGAAGAAUUAUUGACCAUGUAAAGCACACGGGUGUCGCGGCUUCCAUUUUGUGGCAAUCUCUGAGUUCGGUUUUAUCGAGUGCGAAUCACGAGGUGAGGGCGGGAUUCGAGUUGAGGGUGGCGGCACUGCUAGCUGAUAUUUCGGCGGCAAAUGAGGAGCGGAGGGCGGCGAUUGUGGGUGCGGGAGGAGGGAAAGUGGUUGAUUGGUUGUUGGAGACGGUGGCGGUUGGUAAGGACGGGUGUGGGACUCAGGCGGAGGCGGCAAGGGCACUUGCUUACUUGAUUGCGGAUCCUAAUGUGUCUAAGGAUGUGUUAGGGCGGCCUCGUGCAGUGCCGAAUUUGUUGAGGUUUAUUUUUUCGUGUCAGCCGAGGUCCAAGAAGCAUUCAAGGCGUAGUUCAUUCGAUAUUUCUGAUUCUCUGAAAGGUAGGAGCAUGCUUGUGGCUGCCAUCAUGGAUGUUGUCACAUCCAACUGUGAUAGUUUAGAAAAGGUAUCAUUUAAGUCAUCACUACCAGGAAAUGCUGAAACAAGGGAUAUUGCAGCAGCUAUAGAAGUUAUUGAGGAAGGUGGAAUGCAUUUUGAUGAGCCACAGAAGAAUGAUGAUGAUGAUGAUGAUGGUGGAAAAGGAAUUAAGGGUAUAGGUAUUAAAAUUCUUGAAGGUACAACGGUUUUAGGGCUUUCAAGGACCAGUGAGUUUAUGGGAUUGGGACAUUCUGAUGAUGUUGAAGUAGAAUCGGUUAGAAAUACUCCUAAAACCCUUGCCUUGCUAAAUAAGCAUGAUAGUUCAUUAGCACAAGCCAAUUUGUCUUCUGCUGUUGUUCCUGGUCUGUGGGAUGACUUGCAUUGUCAACAUGUUGCGGUGCCUUUUGCUGCUUGGGCAUUAGCCAAUUGGGCAAUGGCAUCAGGGACCAACAGAUCUCGUAUUCAAGAAUUGGAUCAAGAUGGGUAUGCUGUCAUGAGUGCUUUAACAGCACCUGAGAGAUCUGUGAAAUGGCAUGGGAGUUUGGUGGCUCGGUUGCUAUUGGAGGAUCGUAAUCUUCCGUUAAAUGAUUCUGUUUCUGAUUGGAGUUCCAGUCUUCUUUCAACUGUUUCUCAGGCAUGUAAAAAUGAAGACAUUCCUUUGGCUCUGGUGGCUUUAUCCGGUUUUUUGGUUUCUAUAGACAGAAGCCCUGUUGCACAAAAGGUAGUGAUGGAAAAAGGUCUUCAGCUGAUGAGAGACACAGCUAAGCGUACACUAAAGCAUAAGGAGGUUCAAGAAGCUUUGGCAAAGGCUUUGAAAUUGCUUUCCACUGGGGACAUGCAUUUAUCUCUUGAAGAAAGUGAGAAAUGGUCUGGCAUAUUGAUUCCUUGGGUUUUUGGAAACUCUUCUUCUGACACUACCCGAUCUUCAGCUACAAGAAUCCUAUCAUGCAUUCUUGAAGAGUAUGGACCAUCAUCCAUACCAAUUUCUCAGGGAUGGUUAGCUAUUUUGCUAAAUGAAAUCCUGGGUUACAGCAAGAAAUCCUCAGUUAAACGUGGCACACCACCUAAAAGUGACAAAGUGAAGACUCAGAUUGAUCAGUCAAAUGUCCUUUUUGCCACACAGACUGUUAAUCAAUUAGCAGGUGCUGUUGUUAAUUUGGCUGGAAAGCAAUUGGGAACAACCACUGGCACUGAGUCUGUUGAAACAUUUCCACUGGCAGAUCUUCUUUCUUUGGAACCCUUUGCAGGGCCUCUUAAAAAUCUAAAGAAAGAUAGUUUGCCUAAAGUUGAUGCCACAGAUUCUGCGGUAGCAACACUUAAGGGUAUCAAAGCACUGACAGAACUUUGUGAUGAAGAUUCUGUAUGUCAAAACAAAUUAGCCAAUUUUGGGAUCUUGUGCUUGCUGAAACGCUUUUUGUUACAUGACGAUUAUGAGAAACUUGCUGCUAUGGAAGCUUAUGAUGCUUCAAGAGCCCUAGAGGCAGAUAAGAAGGUUUCAGAUGUUCCUGGUGAAGCAUCUGUUUUAGAUGCAAAUAAUCCAUCAAGUGUCCGAGUUCCACCAACUGCUCACAUUCGAAGGCAUGCAGCUCGGCUUUUAACUGUCCUUUCACUCCGUCCUGAUGUCCAGAAUGCUGUGAAAGCAGAUGAAACUUGGUGUAAAUGGCUUGAGGAUUGUGCUAAUGGAAAGAUCCAAGGUUGCAGUGACCUUAAAAUGCAAAGUUAUGCUAGGGCCACUCUGUUAAAUAUAUUUUGCAAUCACCAAGUUGGCAGAGACUCUGCCAAUGGUAAUGCUCUUGGAACAGAUAUUGCAAACAAAAAUAGAACUUGUCCUCGUUAUUAUGAUAAGAUAUUCUUAAUCAACCCUGAACUGCCCCACUGGAAGUGUCCUGAACAUAAAGAUCAAGAUGUUGUUCAGAGAGAUAAGUCUGGUUCUCUUAACAGUGAGGAUACACUUGUAACCGAAGCUUCAAAUGAUGGUAACUUGUCAAGUUUUGUCAAUGCAUCAAAGAACAGUUCAAAAUCAGACGUUCCCCAACUAGAUAUUGUCUUUGUCCAUGGCAUGCGUGGUGGACCUUAUAAGACUUGGCGCAUUUCUGAGGACAAAUCCUCUACAAAGUCUGGCUUGGUUGAGAAAAUUGAUCAGGAAGCUGGGAAGCAAGGCACAUUUUGGCCAGGUGAAUGGCUUUCAGCUGACUUCCCUCACGCUCGCUUGUUUACUCUCAAGUACAAGACAAAUCUUACACAAUGGUCUGGAGCUAGCCUGCCGCUUCAGGAAGUCAGCACCAUGCUGCUGGAGAAGCUUGUUGCUGCGGGUAUAGGGAGCCGCCCGGUUGUGUUUGUGACACACAGCAUGGGUGGUCUGGUUGUCAAGCAGAUGUUGCAUAAAGCAAGAGCAGAAAAUAUUGAUAAUCUUGUGAAAAACACCGCUGGAAUUGUGUUUUACAGCUGCCCACAUUUUGGAAGCAAACUUGCAGACAUGCCUUGGCGAAUGGGCCUUGUGCUUCGCCCAGCUCCAACUAUAGUGGAAUUAAGAAGUGGUUCUCCAAGAUUAAUAGAGCUUAAUGACUAUAUUCGUCAACUGCAUAAGAAAGGGAUGCUUGAAGUCCUUAGUUUUUGUGAGACCAAGGUUACUCCAAUUGUUGAAGGUUAUGGAGGAUGGGCCUUCCGUAUGGAAAUCGUACCUAUUGAAUCAGCAUAUCCUGGAUUUGGAGAACUUGUUGUAUUAGAGUCGACAGAUCAUAUAAAUUCGUGCAAACCACUAGGUCGGACGGAUCCUUCCUAUGUAAAAAUUUUAGAAUUCUUGCAUAAGCUGAAAUCCCACCAUACAUGAAGAUGCUUCUCGACACUCUUGUUUUGUAUUUUUUUAUGAUAAUCUUACUAGAGUAUAGUUUUGGAGCUGUGCUGUGACUCAAGUGGUUAUUAGGAACAGAUUUUGUUGCUCUGGAGUCAACCUGUUAACGAACCAGUUUAGGUAGCUUGCUGUAAAUUGUAUUCUUCACCAUAACUUGUACAUCAUUCCCCUUAUUCUUUUAACCCCUAUUUACUCAGCUCCGUAUAUAAAACCUGUAAAUUAGGUUUCUAAAUGUUGUACAAACUUUUCAAGAGAAAAAGAGAUGAGCAUACACUUGCUGAUUGUCAA